UCGUCCGCUUGUUUUUGAAGCCCAUACGUUGUCUGCAGUCUUUUAAAACACACAUUAAGUGUAAUGGAAAAUCGGUAGAUUAUUAUCUGUAGCGUUAUCUGGAUGUGUAAUUUGAAGGGGAAUUGCAAGUGAAAUUAGUACGUUGAUAUGUGAAUGUCUGUAAACGGUUCGUUUAUUUUUAGUUCUUGCCUCAGCCAUACAGACGCUGUCAUGAAGCGCCACGCAUUCCUUAGCCGGGCUAAACACAGACAAGCGAAUAAAAAACACCAACACAAGAGAGUUCCAACGGCCCAGUGAAGAAGUCCAUGCGGGAGAAGGCGGUGGAGAGACGUAAUGUCAACAAGGAGCACAACAGCAACUUCAAGGCGGGCUAUGUCCCCAUUGAGGAGGAGCGGCUCCACAAGACGGGACUGAGAGGACGCAAGGGGAACAUGGCGGUCUGCAUUAUCGUUCUCCUCUUCCUCCUCGCCCUCAUCAACCUCAUUAUCACGCUGGUAAUUUGGACGGUGAUUCGGAUUGGUCCGAACGGCUGUGAAAGCAUGGAGUUCCACGAGAGUGGGCUUCUGCGCUUCAAGCAGAAGGCAGACAUGGGAACCGUUUUCCCCCUGCACAAGAGCACCGUGGGUGGGCGCAAGGACCAGGAUCUGGUGCUCACCGGCAACAACAACCCGGUGGUGUUCCAACAGGGCACCACCAAGCUGAGCGUGGAGGAGGACAAGACAUCGGUGGUCAGUGACGUGGGGAUCUCUUUCACGGACCCCCGCACCCAGACCACCUUCUUCAGCACUGACUUCGAGAACCACGAGUUUCACCUGCCCAAGGGCGUCAAGGUGCUGCGUGUGAAGAAAGCCUCCACAGAACGGAUCACCAGCAACGCCUCGUCGGAUCUGAACAUCAAGAGCGAGGGCAAGGCCAUCGUCCGCGGCAACGAGGGCGUCCACAUCAUGGGUCGCACCGUGGAGUUCAAAAGCGGGGGAAACAUCGAGCUCCGAGCUGAGAACAGCAUCGUGCUGAACGGCUCCCUGAUGUUCAACACCUCGCGCAUCCCCCACUCUGCGGGUGACGUCUUCUUCGACGAGGGCAUGGAGCGCUACAAGCUGUGCAUGUGUGCAGACGGCACCCUGUUCCGCCUCCAGGUCAAAUACUCCAACAUGGGCUGCCAGACCUCCGACAACCCCUGCGGCCACUAGGCAAAAACCAAUCACUACCGUCGUCGGGUUAGAAAACCCACUUUUAAGAACGGCCCGAUGAGUUUAAUUCCACCAAAAAAGGUUCACUAAUUUGCCGUACUGCUGUAUGACAAACGACCCAUUAGAACCCGCCCACUGAACCGUCCAAUAAGAACCACCUUACUAAGUCCCGUCCAGUAAGAACUGCUCAAUAAGACCUGCCCACUAGGAACAGCCCAUUACGAACCAGCCCGAGAAGUGAAAUCCAAUAAGAACUAUCCUACCACGGAGUACCGCUGUACUAUGAACUGCCCAUUAAUGCUCGCUCUGCUGAGGACUGUCCAUUAAGAACUGGUGUUCCACAGAAGCUGUGGUACGCUCCGAACCUCAUCACCAAGUUCCGUCCGACCACACCAGCCCAGAAAGGUCCCGCCCGUUGAAAAACAUUUCACCCCCAAACUGAAACUGGUCUGUGGCCUCCUCAAGAUGCCGGUGCGGUUUCACCCCCGCCCCCUUCGGUAAUUUGCUGCUUACUUGCCACAUAGGGAUGUUUCAUUAGCCAAAGGUAUAUGUUGAAGUACUGCAGUGUUUCUGUACCUACUGACUGACCCUUGCAUGGCAUUGUAGUGAAUGAAGUUUACACAUCUUAUUAUCUUCAUAUAAGCUUUACAUUUGCCUUUCAUUUACAAGCUACAAGGUUGGUUUGCUUGUUUGUUAUAUGGCAAUCCAUUUUCUGUUUUUGUUUUGUACUCUAUUUAAAAUCAUACUGAGAGUGUGGCACACUAUAAAACUCAAUUUCACUUUAGCUUCUGAAAGGAGACAACGUUUUUGAACAGUAUUAUAAGCCAUCCAGUAUUACUAAUUUCUUAAUGCAUAAUUUCUACAUCGAGUGUAGAUUUCUGUAUGUGCCAAAAGAAGGGACAGCAUUGCGAUGUAUGUGAAGUGUUUUAGAACAUGUUUAACUGUGUUAUUGCAUUGCUUUUAAAGUGCACGGUUUUUGCAUUGCAACAGCUAAAUUAAAGUGUCUUUAAUUUUUGGCGUUCAUGAAGUUGAGAUAUUUUGUUGUCGGUUGGUUUGAAGUUUAUGUAACAGAGUGAACUGAGUGCAAUAAUAUAGCCCUGUUGUUUCAGCGCUAAAAGUAAUGUUUGAUUUGUAUUUCUGUGUUUUGUCUAUUUCAUAACACUGCUGUUUUUUUGUUUGGAAAGUGUGAAUUUUUUCACCGCAGGAAUGAAAAUGAAUACAUUAAACUUGCACUGUUUAAUAACUUAAUCCAAUCUACAUAAAUUAAGGGUUGUGGAGGAAAAACAGAGAAAUGGCAUUCUUGAACAAAAUGGCUGCAAUUUAACAGUUUGAGG